AUGAAGGUAUUGUUGGUGUCCGUUGUAUUCAGUGCGGUAUGGGACUAUGGAAGCACCAAACAGGUGCUCAGAAACAUCGAAACGUUCGAUUUCGGGUCCAACGAGAUUGACGAACGUAGUGGCGAGUCCGUUCGCUCGAACCGAACAGUGGAACGAAUAAAUCUAACGCUUCCAGGUACAAAAUGGUGUGGCCCCGGAAAUACUGCAGACGACUAUGAAGAUCUCGGCAAACAUGAGGAGGAGGAUAUCUGCUGCCGAGACCAUGACCACUGCGACAACAUACCGGCGGGGGAAACCAAACAUGGGCUUAAAAACGACGAUUAUUUUACAAGACUUCACUGUAAGUGCGACCGGGAUUUCCAGCAGUGCCUUAAGAAGAUAAACAGCACCCUCUCGAAUAAGCUUGGCGGGUUCUACUUUGCGGUGCGAGAUAAAUGCUACAAGAAGCAAUAUCCAAUUGUUGAAUGCGGGGAAAAGAAAAAUAUGCUGUUCCUCCGGCGAUGUGUUCGGUAUGUGCUAGACACUUCGAAAGAACGCGAAUGGCAAUGGUUCGAUCUGCCCUUCUACGACGACAACAUGAUGGCAGAUAUAUAG